AUGCCCUACCACCCUCAGCACCCAAUAGACCGCGUUUUUGACGGUUUGGACGAAGACUACGAAGACGGCAAUGACCAGGGCACUAACGAGGGAGCCGACGGUGUGUGGGAAGCGGAAUCUACUUAUACAGAUGACGACGUUUUCGUCGAUCUCAUCAAAGAGUAUGACGAUUCGGAGGAGAGCCAAGAUGGCGGCCAACAGGUUAAACCAGAAGGAAACCUUACACAACGUUUGCAGGCUGCUCAAGAGCCUGAGUUGGCAGCAGAAUCUUCCACAUCGUCGCUCGGAAAACGGCGCCAUGAUACUUCCACAGGGGAUACUCCGCGAAAGCUAAGGCGACGGCUCUCCUCUGAUGACCCCGAUAAUCCGUUUGUCGACAACGCUGUGGAUCCAGACGAGCCUAUCAUAAUCGCUCACAAUCCUCGGUAUCAACUCUGCUUUGAAGCCCGCGAUCUUCAAUACGGCAUACAGUAUGAGAUAGCGCGUCUUGUUUCUACGAAUGUGAUCGACUACUCCGAUAUAUUAAUCGAUGUUCUUGGUCAAUUCAAAGGAAAGUCGAACCAUGAUGGUGUUCCUCGUGUUGCUCAGGCUUUCAAGCAAGUCACGAACACGGUUGUUGGUGACACGACGUUUAGCAGAGAAAAAGAGGCCAAGAAUCCAUGGAAGGAACUGGACUUGGAGGAGGAGGCUUUGAAGAAAGACCCCAACGGCUGUCUCGGUUUCAAUGAAACUAACGAUGAUUGGUAUGGCGGGAAGGUAAACUUCCGAGGAAAACUGAAGAAAACGUCGGCAAAAGGAUCCUCACCUUCCUUCAAAAUCGUUCUCGAAAAAGCCGAGCUAGGGCCUUCUAACCGUUUCGCUCGAAAAUUCGGUUCCAAAUCUUUUCUUCGCAUUAAAGUUACCAAAGAAUGCCUUUCCUACGAGAAGGAGCUCGUCUUAUUUUUCAAGCACCCGUUCAUCUUGAAUGGUUCUGUCUUUCGAGCGUUCUAUGAAAAGGACAAGAAUGUGUUUUUGUUUAUGACCAACGAGGUUGUCGAAGGCUCCAAAAUCUCCCCUCAGAAUUUUCGACUUGAUAGAAUUUCUCUUAUCGAUUUUCUGGAUUGGCAUAAUCCCAUCACGAACAACAUCAAUCAGACAAUGACCAAGUGGUCGGCGCGAUUCGCAUUAGGCUUGUCCAAUUCGGCUCCAGGAAUAUUGUUGGAGGCUAGACAGAUUAUGAAAAUAGAUGAUGUCGUAUCAUCCCAGGGGUCAGACAUGACUGACGGCGCAGGCCUGGCAAACAAGGCCGCACUAUUGCAGCUGAAGAAGAAAUUUGACUGGGAUGACUGGCCUACGGCCAUUCAGUGCCGAAUAAACGGAAACAAGGGCCUGCUGUAUCAUUACCCUAGUGACGACAGCAACGAACCUCGCAUCUGGAUUCGACCGUCUCAAACGAAGAUACAAUACCCAGACUUGGAAGAUCCAACUUUACGAAUUAUCGAUGUCUUGCGAUCAUCCCACGCCCGCGUCUCCUGUCAGCUUUCGGCAGAAGUCAUCAUUAAUUUAUGGCACAAUGGUGUACCAGCUUCGGCGUUUGAAACACUACUCCAGAAGGGACUCGAAGACAAUAUCGUCACUCCAUUAAUGACAUGGGAUGGGCCGAACGCCAUGUUUGAUCUGUGGUCUACUUUGUGUAAGCGGGGCGGGAUUAUGACAGCUCGCGCUGCACGGCGGGAAACAAGUAUGGCGAGGGUCAGAGGCUACGGCGAUCGCCAGACGGAAGAGUUUGACGAUGACGAUGAAGAUGGUAUUCGGCAACUCAAUAAUGAACGGUCUACCGCAUGGUGGAGCGACGAAAGAAUUAACACUUCCUUGUUCCAGGUCAUGUAUCUUCUCGACUCGGGCUUUACUCCGAAGAAUUGUAUGGUUCUGAAAGACAAGCUUCACCAGGUCAUCAAGUCAGCCAUCAAUAACUACGUGAGGUCAUACCGUAUCGACGUCCCGAUGUCAGUCACGGCGUUUAUCGUCCCAGAUCAGGACGGUGAAUUAGAGGAAGGAGAAGUGUUCUUCAAGAGCUCAAGGCGUAACUUGAUAGGUCCUGACGGGCUAGAAACUGACAUGAUCCUUGGAGAAGUCUUACUUACACGCCAUCCAUGCAAGCUUCCGACAGAUGUAGUGAAAUGGAGAUGUGUAGAUAAACCUCAUUUGCGGAACAGGACGGAUGUGAUCAUUCUACCAGUCAAAGGGUUACACCGCGCGGCCGAAAUUCUUUCAGGAGGUGACUAUGAUGGUGACAAGGGAGUCCUCAUCUUCCAACCAGAGCUCGUGAUGCCCUUUGUGAAUCCGCCUUUUUCCUUGUCGUUGCCGCCUAGCAACUUGGAAAAGGACAACUUUGAGACAACGACCAACGAAACUGUUGCGGCUUUUCUCGAUCGGAUCCCCCGUGAAUUGGUCAGCGCGGCAACAUACAUUCAUGAAGUGCAAGAGUUUCUCCUUCGAGGCCUCACUGAUAUCUCGGUCGUUGGGGCAUAUUCCAACAUGCAUGAUUUUUCGGCAUAUACGAGGGGUUAUUCUCAUCCUGAAACACUACGUUUGGCACAUAUGCAAGUGUUUUGCCUUGUUCUUGACGGGGCGAAGACUGGCUUGAAGGUCUCGCCACAUGUGCUUUCCAGGGAUCGCAAGGAAAACGCACAAAAAAUUCUUGAAUGGAAGGAAUUUUCAAAGGACCCCAAGGAAGUGUCUGCGGAUGAAACCAAUGCUGCUCGAGCCAAGCCACUUGCGGGCAAAAAAUUCGUCAUGGAUGCCAUCCAGGGUUACGCAAAAAAGCAAGGUGAAAUCCAGCUGAGCAAGGUGGAGCAAAAAAUGAAAGCCUGUUCCGCCUUCGUUGUAGAUGAGGAGCUCACCGCGCCAUGGAAAGAGGCAUACGAGGUUGCAAAAAGGCCACAGAGCGGAGACAGGCUUAGAGAUCUGGACGCUAUCAAAAAGCACGUGCAAAACGUAUACCAGAAACAUCGCACCCAGCUCAACAACAUCCAUGGCAGGAAAAAUGUGCACGCGUCGCCGAAGAAGGGGGCCGCGUUUACUGACCUACCGAUUGAGGUCAGGCAAGACGAAUUGAGAGCUCUGUCCCAGGAGUUUGCUGCGAAGCCUUUACCGGAGGAAUUGGUGGCUACAACGUCGACGGAGGCGACCAUUAUUAAGGCUUCGUACGCGUAUCUUUACGACGUGGAGCAACGUGCUAGUGCUGGAACGAAGUGGACGAGGUUUCCUUGGAAUGUGGCAAUGCGGGAACUGUGUGCGAUCAAGACUCGUGCUACGGGGCGUGGGAAGCCACUGAAUGGCGACUUUUAUGAGAGAAUGAUGAUCAAGGUUCGACGGUAG